UUGAUUCCAGUGCAUUCAUGAUAGUUGCAUAAUAAUGACGUUCUUGCUAACAUCGACUUUUAUUUUGGGCGCAUUGAUAGCUGGCGUCUAUUUAUUCAUAAAACGGAUAUAUUCUUAUUGGUGCCGGAAAGGAGUGGAGUACAUCGAACCCAACUUUUUUUAUGGGAACAUCAAAGGAAUGGUCCACGGAAAAAUUUCUACAGGAGAUCUGUUCAAAAAGUUUUACGAUGACCUGAAAUCUAGAGGAUUGAAAUUCGGUGGAUGUUACACCUUUUUCUCGCCAGUUUUGAUUAUAGUCGACCUCGAUCUAACCAAGAACAUCUUGCUGAAGGACUUCGACAAUUUCGUAAACCGCGGAAUGUAUUACAACGAAAAGAUGGAUCCACUGUCAGCACAUCUCUUCUCUUUGGAAGACAAGAGGUGGAAGAAUUUGAGAGCCAAACUCACACCGACCUUCACAUCAGGAAAACUGAAGAUGAUGUUUCCAACUCUUGUAGCCUGUAGUUUUGGUAUUGAAGAUAUCCUCAAUGAAUACUCGGUCAUUCAAGAUGCAGUGGACAUCAAAGAAGUCUGUUCUAGAUAUGCAACUGACGCGAUUGGUUCAGUUGCUUUUGGAAUUGACUGCAACAGUCUGAAGAACCCAGACUCGAAGUUCAGGCAGUGGGGAAGGCAGUUGUUCAAAGAGGGCGUAAGAGGAAUACUCCAGGCAAUCGCGUUAUUGGCGCUUUCCAAUAGGUUCUUGCAUGCAAUAAGUUACAAAAUAAUUUCCAAAUCAACAGAGGAUUUCUUGAGGAAUAUAGUUAGAGAAACGAUGGAGUACAGGGAAAAAAAUAAUGUGUAUCGAAAAGACUUUAUGCAUUUAUUACUACAGUUGAAAAACAGGGGUGAAGUCACCGAAGAUACAAGUAUUAUUAAAGAAGGGUCAAAGACCAAAGAUUCAGAUACUUUAUCCUUCAACGAAAUAGCAGCAGAAUGCUUUGUCUUCUUUAUCGCUGGGUAUGAAUCGUCUGCCACAAAUAUGACUUUCACUCUGCUUGAGCUCGCCCUCAACCAGGAUAUGCAGGACAACUUGAGAGGAGAAAUCAACACGGUUCUAAAGAAACACGACAUGCAAUUUACGUAUGAUUCCAUCAUGGAGAUGAAAUACUUGGAAAAAGUUGUGGAUG